GUCCUACUGUAUGUUUAAGAAAAAUGGGAAUGGGAGAAGAAACCCUUGAGACUCUAGAGGAUCAUAGCAAUCCACUUUCAGAAGACGAGUUUUACUCUGCACCGAAGCAAAGCCAGAAAUAAUCCAAACAAUGAGGGAAGAAUGAGAAAAGAAAAUACAGAAAAUAAUCAGCUCAAACUCAAUCAUACAUAUGAGCCUGACUUUGAAGAUAACUAAGCUAUACCUGGAGUGUGUUCAUGAUGGACAAGAGGUUGAUUUGAAUCUCUGGACUCGAAAGGGAAAAGAAUACUUUUUGUUUACGAAUGUCAAUGACAUCUCUCAGCCACACCAGAAGACAAGAAAGACAAGUCAUAGUAAAGCUACCAGAGCCACGAAUAGAAUAAAAAGCAACCUGGAAGUUUCAGGAUGCAAUUCAAUCCCUCUAGUUAACUUUAAAUCUCAGGUUGAGAUCAUAGAUCUGGCAUCCGUAAUCAGCAGACCAAACACAGGAGAAACAACCUCAGAACACCACAAGAGUUCCAGAGGGAGCAGAGAUUCAAUCCAAGUGUUAACCAUGAAUGGGUAUGAGAUUGGAACAGGAGAGGAAACAUCAGUUUUAGCUCAAGAAGCAGGAUUCUUAAAGGGAUGGCAGUCAAGACCAGAUUCAAAAAACUCUCUGAAAAGUGAUAACCAUUCUAGGCCUAACUCAGCUCAAGACCCAUUCAACUUUGAAGUUAUUGGCACAUCAUUUGGUACAUAUAGACCUAGACGCUCAUCUUCCUAUGCCUCUAGACCAUCUUCUUCCAAGAGUGUUGGUUCAAGACCUCCCUCAGCCAAAAGUAAUAAGUCUUCAAGGCCAACAUCAGCUAAAAGUAAUAAAUCUUCACGACCAACUUCAGCUAAAAGUAUUGCAGGUUCAAUAUCAUUUACAAAUGAAGAGGAGAAUCCAGCUGGAGAACAAGAGUUAGUAAAUGGUGAAGAUGAACCAGCUAUGGAAGAAGAACCAGCUUUAGAACAAGAUGCAGCUGCUGAAGAGGAAGCAGUUCCUGAAGAACAACCAGAUGCAGAAGAAGAACCAGCUGCUGAAGAAGAGCCAGCUACUACAGAAGAACCUGCUGCUGGAGAAGAGCUAGCUGCUGAAGAAGAGCCAGCUGCUGAAGAACAGUCAGCUACUGAAGAAGAAACAGCUGCUGAAGAAGAAACAGCAGCUGAAGAAGAGCCAGCUACUGAAGAAGAAACAGCUACUGAAGAAGAACCAGCUGCUGAAGAAGAACCAGCUGCUGAAGAAGAACCAGCUGCUGAAGAAGAAACAGCUGCUGAAGAAGAGCCAGCUGCUAAAGAAGAAACAACUGCUGGAGAAGAAGAGCUAGCUGCUGAAGAAGAACCAGUUGCUGAAGAAGAACCAGCUGCUGAAGAAGAAGCAGCUGCUGAAGAAGAACUAGCUGCUGAAGAAGAACCAGCUGCUGAAGAAGAACCAGCUGCUGAAGAAGAACCAGCUGCUGAAGAAGAACCAGCUGCAGAGGAAGAGCUAGCUGCUGAAGAAGAGCCAGCUCCUGAAGAACAGUCAGCUACUGAAGAAGAAACAGCUGCUGAAGAAGAAACAGCAGCUGAAGAAGAAGACAAAACUGCUGAAGAAGAGCCAGCUACUGAAGAAGAAACAGCUGCUGGAGAAGAGCCAGCUACUGAAGAAGAACCAGCUGAUGAAGAAGAACAAGCUGCUGAAGAAGAACCAGCUGCAGAAGAAGAGCCAGCUACUGAAGAAGACCCAGUUGCUGAAGAAGAGCCAGCUGCUAAAGAAGAAACAACUGCUGAAGAAGAACCAGCUGGAGAAGAAGAGCUAGCUGCUGAAGAAGAACCAGCUGCUGAAGAAGAACCAGCUGCUGAAGGAGAACCAGCUGCUGAAGAAGAACCAGCUGCUGAAGAAGAAACAACGGCUGAAGAAGCAACAGCCACUGAAGAAGAACAAGCUGUUGAAGAAGAUCCUGCACUUGAGGAAGAAACAGCUGUUCAAGAAGAAUCAGCUGCUGAAGAACCAACUGUGGAAGAAGAGCCAGCAACUGAAGAAGCACCAACUGUUGAAGAAGAUCCUACACUCGAGGAAGAAGCAGCUACUGAAGAAGAACCAGCUACAGAAGAAGAACCAGCUGGAGAAGAAGAACCAGCUGCAGAAGAAGAACCAGCUGCUAUAGAAGAAACAGAUGAUGAAGAAGAACCAUCUGCUGAAGAAGAACCUGCUACUGAAGAACCAACUGUGGAAGAAGAACCAGGCACUGAAGAAGCACUAACCGUUGAAGAACAUCCUGUACUUGAGGAAGAAGCAGCUGCUAAAGAAGAACCAGCUGCAGAAGAAGAACCAGCUGCUACAGAAGAAGAAGCUGCUGAAGAAGAACCAGCUGCUGAAGAAGAACCAGCUGCUGAAGAAGAACCAGCUGCUGAAGAAGAACCAGCUGCUGAAGAAGAACCAGCUGCUGAAGAAGAACUAGCUGCUGAAGCAGAACUUGCUGCUGAAGCGGAACUAGCUACUGAAGAAGCACCAACUGUGGAAAAAGAUCCUGCACUUGUAGAAGAAGCAGCUGCAGGGGAAGAACCAGCACCAGAAGAAGAACCAGCUGCUAUAGAGGAAACAGCUGCUGAAGAAGAACCUGCUGCUGAAGAAGAAUCUGCUGCUGAAGAAGAACCUGCUGCUAAAGAAGAACCUGCUGCUGAAGAAGAACCUGUUGCUGAAGAAGAACCUGCUGCUGAAGAAGAACCUGCUGCUGAAGAAGAACCUGCUGCUGAAGAAGAACCUGCAGCUAAAGAAGAACCUGCUGCUGCAGAAGAAGAACCUGCUGCUGAAACAGAACCAUCUGCUGAAGUAGAACUAGUAACUGGAGAGGAACCAGCUGCAGAAGGAGAACUUGCAGCUGAAGAAGAAGCUUCAGAAAGAGAACCAGCAGAGGAAGAAGAAGCUGGUGAAGAAGAACCAGCUGCUAAAGAAGAAGCUGCUGCUGGUGAGGAAGCAGCUUGUGCUGAAGAACUAGCUGCAGAAGAAGAACUAACAGCUGAAGAAGUAGCUGCCGAACAAGAAGCUGCUGCAGAUGAAGAAGCAGUUACAGAAGAGCCUACUCCAGAAGAAGAACCAGGUGCUGAAGAAGAACCAGCUACAGAGGAAGAACCAGCUGCAGCAGAAGAAUCAGCUGUUGAAGAAGAACCAGAAGCUGAAGAAGAACCAGUUGCUGAAGAAGACCCAGUUGCUGAAGAAGAACCAGCUGCUGAAGAGGAACCAGCAGCACCAGAAGAAACAAGUGCUGAAGAAGAACCAGUUGCUGAAAAUGAAGAAGCUGUUGAAGACGAAGUAGCCGUUGAAGAAAAAACAAUUGCUGCAGAAACUGACAAUCAUGUAACUCCAGAAGAUAUGGAGAUGAUAGUGAAAGUAUUUGAUCUCUUUGAUAAGGAUCAUUCUGGGUCAAUGUCUUCCCUGGAGCUUGGGAAAUUGAUGAGAUCUUUAGGUUUAUACCCUACGGACAAUGAAGUGAAUGAGAUUAUAGUGAACCUGGAUAAGAAUGGAACUGGCGCAAUUGAACUUCAAGAGAUAACAAACUUUAUGACAGUUCAGCUCGAAGAGAGCAAAGCAAGAGAUGCUGUAGAGGACUUUACAAAAGCUUUCAGAGUCUUUGAUGGUGAUGGAAAUGGAAGAAUUAGUGGAAUAGAACUGAAGAAAAUAUUGACGGAAAAAGGAACAAUGAAACUAACACUAGAAGAAGCAGAUGAACUAAUAGGAAUGGUGGAUCUAGAUGGGGAUGAUCUUUUAAACUACAAUGAAUUUGUAAAUCUUUUUACAGAAAAACUUAUUCUUUAAUCUAUGGACCUGUAGCUAGUAAAUAAUUGACGUUGUUCCACACAUAAGGUUAAAGUGCACACAUAAGUGUACACUAAGUGUACUGUAAAACAAAGACGACAUUGUCUUACUUUACAGAUCAAAAUACCAAAGAUGAUUGAAAAAGCAUUAUUUUAUUAAAUAAAACCUACCGAACACAAACUAUACUUAUCAAGAAAUGCCGUUUAUAAUAUCACAAGAAUUUAUCAAUGUGUAUCUUGUUGUAAAAAAAACAGUUUCUUACAGGAUUACCCUCAAAGGAUGAGACUUCAAAGACGACUGUACGGAAUAUGUUUAGUCUGAUUAUUUACAUUCAGGUUUCCUUGUAUGCCAAAACUGGUUUAUUUCUGUGCUUAAUCAUAUAGUAAACCAUCAAAUUACUCAAUUACAUGCUGAAACCAAAAAUCAAGCUGCAAAUCCUCAUAUUUGUAGAGUUUUGGGUCGUUUCUACAGUCUCAUCCUUUGUGGGUAACCCUUUAGGUAAAUAAGAAAAUAAAAGUCAUGUGAUCCAAUUUACAAAAUUAUUUAAGCAAUGUCUAAAUUAAACAUGGCAAACCAAGUUAAACUAAAAGGAUUAUCUGCAUUAAAACUAGUUCUAAUUUGAAAAAAAUAUAAUAAUAACAUUUACAAUAAAAAACAUUUGAAAGUCA